AUGGCGGAUACUGAAGCCCACACGCAGGAGAAUGGCGUGAGCCACAGGAAGCGGCGCGAGACGCUGUUGGAGAGCGAAUCUGCGCCUAAGAAGAUUAAACUGGAAGACGACACGCCUCCUGAAGCCAACCCCAAUACUAUUGAGGCCGUACGAGAGAAAAACAAAGCGUUAGAGAUUGACAGGAACGAGAAAAACCGACGUAUUGCUUACUUGACCAAGAAAUGUGAGGCGUUGUAUCGCUCUCGUGAGAUAAAAAGCGCGUCCUUCCGCUGCUUACGGAGACAGUGGUUUCAGCUACAGGACGAGCUGCUAGCUGCCGUAAAGACAGUAGAUCCUUCUACUGUAUCCGAUGAGACGUCAAAGGAGAGCUGGCUUGCCGCUUUGAAUGCUGUGGACGACUUUGGAAAGGUCCGCGUGCGUGCGGAGGAGCUGGUGUUAAAUUUGCCAGAGUGGUUUGUUACUGUGGCUAAAUACACAGAGGAGGAGGAAGAACCGGACGCUGAUGUGUCAUUGCCCACAGAUGACGAUGUGAAUGACGACGCGUUAGUGAAGAUGGAUGAUUUAUCACAUAUGGAGAAAGAGGUGCACGAUCAACUUAAGCAGAAAAGUCAGAACAUGAAAGAGUUGUUGCAAAAGUUGCUUGCUCUAGUUGGGAGCAUUGCUCAAGACAAGACGAAACCUAUUGAAUAUGCGCAUAUUGUGCAAGAGAAACGAGCAGCAAUCGCGGAAACACUGGACCUUAAGGGUCAGCUACAGACGUGCAAACGUCGGAUAGCUGAACUCGAACGCGACGUGGAAUACAAGGAAACGGAGCGCCAUCGAGCUUGUCGAGACUAUGACCGUUUAAGUGCAUUUGUCAAGCAACAGGGUGGUGUAAAUACGGAUCGUAUCGAUGACAGUGAUACCAAAAGUGAACAAGUCAUAGAUACUGAGAAACCUAGUGAGAAAACUAUGUCAGGACCAUCGAGUGCUGAAAUAGUGAAACAGGAAGCACUUGCGGAAAAAGUGAAGGAGCACAACAAAAUUGUUGCAACUUUGAGGGAGAAUAUGGGAAUAUUGAGUACGAAGUUGUACCAAGAGCGUCAGAAGUUUGAUUCUAUGCGACGGGAACUGGAAAAAUUCAAGGCAUUAGAAGUGGCGUGGAAAAACGAUGAAACUGCGUUGGUGCAGGAUCACGAAGAGAAACUUAAACAGCUUCGGGACGAGAAAGCUCACAUCGAUGAAGAGUACAAAAAACUUCUUCACAAAUCAAAGGAUCUGGAGCACCAUAUGACCGAGAAAUGGGAAAAGAAGAUUACAAAAAUUCAGGCGGAAAUGAGCACAAUAAAAUCACAGAUGGACGGGUUGAAUCUGAAGAACGUAUCCCUACGAGAAAAGAUCUCCAACGCAUCGACCUACAGAGAUCAGUUAUCGGAAGUGAAACCGGAACUGGAAUCAGUAAAGCGUGAAAAUGCGAAAUUGAAAGCACAAAUUAAGUGCGCGCGGAGCCGAGAGGAUCGAGCUCAAAUGUCGGCAGAUAAUCACGAGAUCCAGAUACUGACGCAGAAGGUAAAUCUGUUGACCAAGGAGAAACUUGAGUUACAGCAGACGUACGACAUGCUGAAAAAUGCCGAGAUGAAGAAUGCAUGUGAGAAGCUGUCAGAAGCAUUUGAGCGGUUAUCAGAAGUGCAGCAUAAACUCGAACAAGAGAGGAAAAAGCAUCACGAGUGCAGUACUGACCGAGAGAAGCUACGUGCUAAGAUUGAGGAUAUGAAGGCUUGGAGUGAAGCCUCACGAGAAGAAAAUGACGCUUUGCUGCUGGAGAUUGAUACGAUAACAAAAGAUGUGAACUCGUUGCGCCAUGGCCGGAAGAAGUUUAUCCAGCAGAUUGAGGAAAAGCGCAAUGCCAAUAAGAAGCUUCACACAUUGCUUGCAAGGGAGGAGCAAGCAAAAUCGCACUGUUUCGAAGAACUGGCUGCUGUUCGUCUACAGGUCUCAUCUCUGAGUACCGUACACAAGCACCAAAAGACAUUCAUCGAGUCAUCUAAGGAGUCUCUGCAAGCAAAGGAGUUGGAACUUGAGAAGAUGAAGAAGUACGUCAAGACCAUUGAAGAAGAGCGUGAGGCUUCCGAUGUUGAAAAGCGAAAGGUAUUGCGAGAUGCCGAAGUAGCAAAGAAGAUUUGCGAGACUGCAGAAAAGUCGCAGCGUGAGCAGCAAUUGCAGCAGGAGAAACAGAAACACUGUGAAAAGUGUGAGUCGUUCCGCAAGAAGAUUGAGGACAUCGAACGUCAGCUGCAGCAUUCCAAGAUGGCAACUUCUACCGGUGAGCUUACCGAUCUAGAGCGGUUUGAGCUGCGCGACUUGCAGAAACUCGUGAAUUGCUCGGUUUGCCAGGACGGACGCAAGGACGUGAUCAUCUCCAAGUGCUUUCACAUGUUUUGCAAGGAGUGCAUUGAAAACAACCUCAAAUCGCGCAACCGCAAGUGUCCUACAUGCAAAAAGAUGUUUGGCCAAGAUGAUGUCAAGACUGUAUGGUUCACGUAG